AAACCGGUCGAGAAGGAAAGGAACCACACCAGUCUGCGAACCUCUGCGAUGGCGUCGCUGAUCGCGAAGGGCUCGAGCUCCUCCGUCCUCGGCGGCCUGAGAGUAGCGGUGUCGACGGCCAGAACCUACGCUUCGAUCGCGGUCGGCGGCGACAUAGUCUCCGCUGCGCCGGGCGUCUCCCUCCAGAAGGCUCGAAGCUGGGACGAAGGCGUGUCCUCCAAGUUCGCCACCACCCCUCUCAAGGAUAUCUUCAAGGGCAAGAAGGUUGUGAUUUUCGGUCUCCCGGGUGCGUACACAGGAGUUUGUUCACAGCAGCAUGUGCCUAGCUACAGGAAUAACAUUGAUAAGUUCAAGGCUAAAGGCAUAGACUCUGUCAUUUGUGUGGCUGUUAAUGACCCCUACACCAUGAAUGGCUGGGCUGAAACUCUCAAAGCGAAAGAUGCUAUUGAAUUCUAUGGGGAUUUUGAUGCUAGCUUCCAUAAGAGCUUGGACUUGACUAAAGAUCUCUCAGCAGCAUUGCUUGGACUUCGCUCUGAAAGAUGGUCAGCUUAUGUGGAAGACGGGAAAGUGAAGGCUCUCAAUGUGGAAGAAGCUCCAUCCGACCUCAAGGUUUCUGGUGCCGAGAUUAUUCUGGGACAGAUAUGAGGCUCAUUUCCUUGUUUCACGAUCCUCCGACAAGCACUUGCUCACCGAUAAGGCGCAACUCAAGAGAGUGCCGUGACUAGCUGCUGUGUCCUUUGUUGCACAAGUUACAUGAGGUUGUCUGCUGGUUGAUACUGUUCUAUCAGGGCUAGGGUGAUCACUUGCAGCUUGACUCUCAGGUAGCAUAAGAAUAAGUUGAUUGCGAACAAUGAGAAACGAGUUUUUGUACUCCUACACCAAACUUACAAAAUAUUAUCAAUGCUUUUUCACUGUAA